AUGAAGCAAAAACCUAGUUAUUGGAAAUCUACUCACUUUGCUGCUUCUGUUCAAUAUCUCAAUUUCCUUAUAGAGUGUGUUAUCUUCCCAUUGGCCUUGAUUCUAUACAUAAAUCACUACCAAAUGGAUAGAAAUCUAUAUGAUAAUUGGGAAUUCAAACCAAUUGUUGAAAUUCAAAAAGUAAACGAUUCAAAAUGUCCAUCUAAUUUGGAAACCUUCUUUGCAUACAGUUAUCCAGAAAGCUCAAGUGGUAUUUAUACUAAGCCAAUAAUAAGGAUGUGAUUGUGGGUUUGGAGAAGAGGAUGAGAAUGGUCAAAUUGAUUAUGAUAAAUUGAAAAGUGAACAUUGUUAGGCUUCCGAUAUAGAUGAGGGAUGUGAUGAAAUAGCACCUAUCAACUCAUAAGAUUUUGUAAUCUGGAAGGGAUAUUCUAUUUGUGGAAGAAGAUCUGAAUACACAUACAGAGAAUUAUUUUAUGAACAUAAUUGCACGUCUAUUUGUAACGGAGUCUGCUUAACUAAAAAUGAAUAAAACGCUUGUGGAAACUAUGCAGACUUACUUUCUAAAGAAAAUCUUACUCAAUCAUAUUUUAAUUUCACUUUAAGUUAUGGAAUCGAUGUUUGCUAUGAAGAUGGAGAGUCAAUUAAUCAAUAUCCAUUAUUAGAAUCAGCUUAUAAAUGUGUGAUAUAAUCAUCAGAAUAUGCAUUCAUUGAUGAGUUUGAUUAGUAUUUAUUAUUUGAAGAAAAUGAAUACCCUUAUGAGAGUUUUCCAGGAUUAGAGUAUUUCCCUGAAACACCUAAGUUCGGUCUUUUUGGUUAGAAGUUUACUGAAUAUAAUUGUACCAUUAAAUAGAUUGAUGUCUCCAAUUUCAGAGACAAUUACAUUCAACUUGUAUUUUUGAUUGCUCUCAUUAUGGCAGGUAAUUAUUAAUCAAAUUGAUCUAGGCUUUUUGAUGGGUUUCGGAGCAAUAUUUCAUUCUGCAAUUAUACAAAAUUUAACUAGAAAGGGCAUAUUUAAACAUAAAAUUUAUAAGGUUACUUGGAAAUUCUAUUGUCCUACAACAUUCCUCAUUCUGCUUCAUAUGGCACAUUUAUCUAUUGUUGGUACUAAAUUAGGAUUUCUGGCUCAUUUUAGAAAUACCAUGCAUACUUAUAUUGAAAAUGUAAUCAUUUCUUAUGAUUAUUUUUAGAAAUGCACUGAUUGGUCAAAUAUACUGAAUCUUGUAUUUAUGAGGGAUAUCAUUGAUGAAUAAUUGAUGCCCCUCUGCAUACCUGAAUUAGUGUUGACAUUUGCUGCCAUGUUAUUGGAGAUAUUACAAUUAUGUUUAUUUGAUAGAAGAGUACCUGAAACCAUAGCAUCACCUACACUAAAAGGGAGGGAGAGUCCUUCAAAAUCAAACAAUUUUGUAUUGAACUUUGGAUUUGAAAAAGAUGAAAACAUAGAAAAGCAUGUUAUAGAUACUGAUAAUAUUAGAAUUAAUAGAAAAAAUGUAAUUCCUUUCAUAUAAUUUAGGAAUAAUUAAAAUUAUAUAAUGAAUGA